AGCGUUUAAAAAAGAUUCAGAAAAGUGUCUGAAGGUUGUUUAAAAGCCUCUCCAUCACGUCUGAACACGGCUGGGACCAAAAAAGCAGGAUGUCAACGCAUUUCAGGAGCGGCCCAGCCUUCGGACUAACAGCCGAGAUCAAGAGUAAGCUUGCUGGGAAAUAUGACCCCCAGAAAGAAGAGGAGCUGAGAAUGUGGAUUGAGGAAGUAACUGGGAAAAGGAUUGGGGACAACUUCAUGGAGAGUCUGAAAGAUGGAGUCCUGUUGUGCCAACUCAUUAAUGUUCUCCAGCCAGGUUCUGUUAGAAAGAUCAACAACUCGAGUCAAAACUGGCACCAGCUGGAAAACAUUGGGAAUUUUGUUCGUGCCAUCACAGAAUAUGGCCUAAAGCCACAUGACAUCUUUGAGGCCAAUGAUCUGUUUGAGAAUGUCAACCACACUCAGGUCCAGUGCACACUCAUUGCUCUGGCUGGAAUGGCCAAGUCCAAAGGUUUUCACUCUAAGUACGACUUAGGUGUGAAGUAUUGUGAGAAACAGCAGCGUCACUUUGCUCCAGAGAAGCUCAGGGAGGGACGCAACUACAUAGGACUGCAGAUGGGCACCAACAAGCUUGCCAGCCAAAAGGGCAUGACCUCUUACGGCACACGACGCCAUCUGUAUGAUGCAAAGAUGGCCAUGGACAACCCCUUAGACCAAUCAACUAUCAGCCUACAAAUGGGCACCAACAAGGGAGCCAGCCAGGCUGGCAUGACAGCCCCAGGAACAAGGAGGCACAUAUUUGACAAGAAGCUAGAGCUGGAUAGUUUUGACACCAGCACCAUCUCUCUGCAGAUGGGCACCAACAAAGUGGCCUCGCAGCAGGGUAUGACCACUUAUGGCCUGCCCCGCCAAGUUUUUGACAACAAGUACUGCACCAACCCCACUGAGACCUACUACAACAAUGGAAGUGAGGCUGAGUUUGAUGGCUACAAUCAGUACUCUGACUAACAACAUGGAUUGCCUUCAGACAACCAAACAUAACUGUCUUUGUGACGAGCAGACCAUCCAGACUGUUAUUUAACACUGAUUUAUGUCACUGACGUCUUCUAGCUUUUACUCCCUAAAUGUUUGUUUCUCCACAGCUAAGAGGGGAAAGUGUUUGACAUUUCUUUGAAGAUUUCAUGCAGUGGCCAAUGUUGGUAUAAAAUUACUGACAAAUUGUGUAACAGCUAAAAAGAGCAAAAAACUUCAAUGUUUUCCUGCCCUAUCUAAAGCUUUUUCCCCCUCUUUUUCUUUUUUUAACAGCUUUUUAUACCUGAGAUAUGACUUUUGUUUUUUACCCCAAGCCUUACAUCACUAUCUUUCUAAUUCAGCCUGAACAUUUAUAAAAUAGAAUUUAAAGAUUCCCUAAAAGGUCACGAGUAGGUUGGUGUUAUUGAACUUUGGCCCAGUUGGAACGGUUUCUGUUCACAUUAGGGCCCUAGGAUUUCACUGAAUUUUCUGAUACACAGACUGACCGUGGCAGACAAUGCAGGAGGACCUGUAGCUUUGAGCAGACGUUGCCUUGUUUUCUUUAUGUGAGCACAUGUGUUGGCAUAUUUUUCAUCUUCACAAGCCUGCCAAAUUAUUCAUUACAUCAUCACAAUACUGGACAAGUUACAUGUCCUGUGCAGCACAACUCUUGUUUAGAGAACAAAAGUUUCAAGAUAAAGUAGAUUCCUGUCAGACAUUUCUUUAUGAAGGUUAAGUGUUGGUGUUUAAGAUAGAUUUAAAAUAGGGUUAACAUGGUCCUUCUUAGGCUUUGUCCUGUAUUGCACCUUUUGGAAAUGUUUCCACUUCCCACUUGGUGAACUUUGCCUUUGUGCUGUUGCUGCACUCAAUCCACCUUCAACUUGUGUGCAGUAAACAAUAGUGGAAUGUAACUCAGAUAUUGUAGUUAUCUCUGGGGUACUCGAGUAUUUCCAUUAAAUGACACUUUUUUUCAGCACUGCUAUUCAGAUGGUAAUGUGCAACUCUAAAUCCACCCAUUUAGAUUAUAUAUAGCAAUUAAGAUUUUACAAACUUUUUAUACAAGAUUUCUGAAAGUCUAGAUAUAACAGUACAGUGCAGCAAUUAGCAGAUUUUUUGUAAUGUUUUUACUUUUAAAAAUUUGAGGAUAUUUUACCAGUAUACCUACAUUUAAGUAGAGCCUAAAAUGCAAGAGUUCUGUAGGCCUGUCUCACUUACGUUGGUGUCCAUCCACCCAUCAGUCAUGGCAAUAUGUAAGGAGACCCUUGCUUUAUGAAUCUUCCCAAAUAAGAAAUGAGGUUCUUGUUUUGGAAUUUGUGUCAUACUUUUAACCCACCGAAUGUCUCGAAUGUUUUUCUAUGUAAAAUCAGGCUUUAUUAGCUAUCACAUGAUUUCCUUUCAACACAUCAUGAAUAAUGAAUGAACAUGAACGAUAAUAUGAACUGAGGGGACUCAGAUGGUUUAGAUUCACUGGCUUUGAAUUACUGCUUGUUGUUGAGGAUGUGUUGAAAGGGUCUAUAAAUGAUAGCUCAUCUACUUUUCUUUUUUAUUCAGCCACCAAGGUUUCAUGGUCAUGAUUUAGGAAUAGCAGCAGUGUACAAUCUAGUGAGGGAAGUGUAUGUGUACAUUAACAAAAUGGUAAUCAAUAAAACAUCUUGUGAUAUUAUUCACAUGAAUGAAGAGAGAUAUUUUUUAAAGAGUUUAUUUAUGGUUUCUUCCCUGUGAUAUACAAAAUGACCACAAUGUUGAGUAACUGUAUGGAUAGAUUUAAUCUUUAUGUUUUAGCUGCAUUUAACAGUGUUUACACUUUAAAUCUUUGCAAAUCCCUUAAUUUCCCCAGCCCUAAAUGCAUUUCACAUGACAUUUGUGCAAUAAAACAACUAAAAAAUGA